AUGGAAAAAAUAAGGGGUGCUUCACAAGCCGGAUUGUCCAUCUACCUGACACAACAGUCAAGCCAGCCGCAUAUCCAGCAACAGAACAAUAAAAUCAAAUCAAGACCGACGAGGCCAUCAAAGACCUUCAUGACCGAAUCGAAAUUAACCAAGAAACUACACGAAGGGAUUCGCAACGGCGAUCAUGGAGUCGUCAUCAAAGCACUCUCGAGCGCGGCCGAUCCCAAUGGCACAAUCAAGGGCUCAAGAAUCUCACCGAUACACAGCGCCUUAAGCCAGACAGAAGCGGUGCUGGGGUGCGAAGACGAGAUUGCAUCACGCGACUUGGUGAUGAUUGUAAUGGCUCUGGUCCUGGCCGGAGCUGAUCUGCAUGCUGUCGAUGAGGAGGGUCACACACCCCUGAUACGGGUGGUCAAAGGCGAGAUGGGCGACGGGCUCGUGGCCCUCAUGCUAGAAUCCGGAGCGCAGGUGAAUACAGCGGACAAGGAGGGAAACACGGCACUGCACUAUGCUGCCAUGCAGAAUAAUCUGAUCGAGACGGGGAAUGUGGAGACAAUCAAGAUACUACUCGCAAACGGAGCUGAUCUGAAAGCUCAGAACCGGCGUGGUAGGACGCCCUUGUACGAAUCUGUCAUGUGGGAGCAUAUCGACCAGACGAUCCAGCUCAUCGACUACGGGUCUGACCUGGACAUUUCAGACAGUCAUGGCUGGACACCUCUUUAUGCGGCCGUGUUCCAAGGGCAUACCCGCCUGACAAAAUUAAUAUGCGAACGGGGCGCUUUUGUCGAUGAAAAGGACAAGACGGGUCAAACACCGUUACAUUACGCCAUAUCACAGGGACGGUGUGCCAUUGUUCAAGUGUUGGUCGAGGCUGGGGCCGAUGUCAAUCUGAUUGCAAAGGGGGAGACGCCUCUGUGUCGUGCCGCGGCAAAGACAAGCAGUGCCGUCAUCGUGUUCCUUCUGCAACAUGGUGCAGACGUUUCAGUUCCUUCACCCGGGUACCGUGGCGCAUUGCCUAUACACAUUGCUGCCAUUGGCAAAGAUUUGGAGGUUUUGGCAGCGCUCAUUAGUGCUGGCUCAUCAGUAAAUGCUCGAGAUGGUGCAGGCAGGACGCCCUUGGCAUGGGCAAAGGAAAGCGGCAGGAAUAAUGUUGUGGAAUUUCUAACGGGUAAAGGGGCUGAUGCUUAG